AGGUCCCGAGUUGUUUGAACGCUCCCCAGUUUCGAGAUUGCUUUACCUCUUGCGUCCAGAUAUUCGCGUGACGAUGACGGAUGAUAUUGAUGUGGAGGCGAUGCUGGAAGCUCCUUUUGAGAAGGGGAAUUCCUCCGCGGAAAAGAACAGCAGCUCGCGUCACCGAGACCGCUCUCGGUCAAAAUCCAAGGAUCGUAGUCGGAGACAUCGGGAUAGGAGCUCUGAUCGGAGGCGUGAUCGCGAUGACUACAGGAUAGAGAGAAGACGUGAUCGAGAUAGGCGGGAUAGAGAUCGUGAUCGAGACUAUGACAAACGAAAAGAACGGGACUACGAUCGUCCCCGUUACGAACGUUCUCGUCUCAGAAGCCGGGAAGAGGAAGUUCCUGAACGAGAAAGAGAGGAUUCGGAUGAAAAAGGGCCAAGGCGAUUCUACAGGAACGGUGAACCCCGUCCAAGAAGUCCUGAACUCUCUCCUGAAGAAAGGGAUGCGAGAACUGUUUUUGUCUGGCAGCUUUCGGCCCGUAUUCGACAACGUGACCUCGAGGAUUUCUUUUCGUCAGUUGGAAAGAUUCGUGAUGUCCGUUUAAUUAUUGACGGCAAAACUAAGAGGUCCAAGGGCAUCGCUUACGUUGAGUUCCGUGAAGUUGAAUCUGCCCAAUUAGCCCUUGGCUUGACUGGUACAAAGCUUCUUGGAGUCCCCAUUCAGAUUCAGCAAAGCCAUGCAGAGAAGAACCGUGUUGCUACUUCCGGUGGAGCAGCUAUGUCCGCCGCCUAUGCCAGACCGGCGUCGUCAAGAGGGCCGAUGAAGCUGUAUGUUGGGUCACUGCAUUACAAUAUAACGGAGGAUAUGCUUCGUGGCAUCUUCGAACCUUUUGGCAAAUUGGAUGACAUCAAACUUAUCAAAGAUCCUCAGACAAAUCGGUCUCAAGGCUAUGGUUUUGUUACUUACAGCAAUGGGGAUGAUGCUAGGAAGGCUUUAGACCAGCUAAAUGGUUUUGAUUUGGCUGGCCGGGCAAUGAAGGUUAACUAUGUUACAGAACGAAGUGAUUACGCUAAUUUAAGUGCGCUGGAUAACGAAGAAGCUGAUCGAACGGGCGUUGAUCUUGGCACAACUGGACGACUUGCCUUGAUGGCUAAACUUGCUGAGGGUACCGGUCUACAGAUGCCGAAGGCAGCAUUGGCUCAGCUACAAGGAAAUCCUACGCUUGGCAUAGCGGGCAAAGUUAGCUCAUCUUCGGCUAUUGCUCCUCCCGUUUGUACACAAUGUUUCAUGCUUUCUAACAUGUUUGAUCCUCACGUCGCCUCGCACACUACUUUUGAAGAAAUCAAGGACGACGUCAUUAGUGAAUGUUCUCUGCUCGGUGGUGUGUUGCAUAUAUUUGUGGACAGAACAAGCGCUCAAGGCAACGUCUAUGUAAAGUGUCCAAGCAUAGCCAUCGCGACACAGUGUGUCAACAAGCUACAUGGGCGGUAUUUCUCAGGCCGUCUAGUUACUGCUGCUUACGUACCGCUGAUCACCUACAACCAACUGUUUCCUGAUUCUAUUACAGCCAAAACCAUUCUCAAACCCGCCUAUUCUUAG